UCCGUGGUGGAAACGCGAGCUAAGCGCAGAGCUGCGCUGACGCCUAACGCAGUUUUUGGUCCAUUAGUCGGUCCGGUGCCGGCACGCUGACCGCACGUGGUUCGUGCGAUAGUUUUUCAUAAUACGAUCGUAAAACAUGAGCAGCGGCAAGAGGAAGCUCUCCUUCCUCGGCUUUGCACCGCAGGGCGAGGGACAGGACGAGUUGCGUUUGGACGAAGAAAUGGAUCGAGUUGUUUGGAACGAAGCUAGUCAGCCAUCUCGACUGCAGAGCACCAGCGCACCAGUCCGAGACAUAGCUGCGCCUCCGCCGCCUUACUCUCACGAUGGUGAAAGUCAACCCAGUAGCUCGGAUAUAACUUCCAUUAGCGCUUCGCCACAUCUCACUUCAAGUUCAGACCAGCAGCAGACAUCAAUGCAGUGGUCAGGCUCAGGAUCAGCUUUGACUUCUCGCGAUGAUGACAAACACGUGCAGUUCGACGGUGAACAGAAACCAUCAUUGAUCUUACUCGACGAAAUUGAUGAAGAACGCAGAGCCCAAAGACACAAUCGACAUUUACACCCGCACAAAACACGGAAAUAUUCGUUACAAGAGGGUGGUCGUAUAGGCCUAGAUGCAGAACGUCGGCCGUUAACAGGACCUUUAGACGAGCCGCUAGCCGAAGCUGAUCAAGACGAACUCCGUAGCCAUCGUAGCGAUGACCCACGUGCUCUACGACGCCACAAAAUUCAACCACGAGGGUCCACAGUGCAUGUCAGUCGCAAAGAUGGAGGAGAUAAAGCGCAGAACAUUUUCUCUGAAUCAACUCUUAAGAAAAUGUACGACCACAGCCCGCACUCGGUGUUCGUUCAAUUGGAUGAGUUGCUGGCGACGGAAGAUGGCGACGCUGAGUGGAAGGAGACAGCUCGUUGGAUUAAGUAUGAGGAAGAUGUGGAGGAAGGCUCGGCUCGUUGGGGCAAGCCCCAUGUUGCAUCUCUUUCCUUCCAUUCUUUGCUGAACUUGCGACGAUGUCUUGAAACUGGCGUGGUGUUGAUGGAUCUCGAUGAAAAAGACUUGCCUGGUGUCGCAUACAGGGUUGUCGAGAGUAUGGUCACCGAAGGACUCAUAGAAGAGGACGACAAGCCCGUGGUCAUGCGUUCUUUGCUAUUGCGUCAUCGACACGUUCACGAUGACCGGUUCCGGUUCUCUAUCAGUGGCCGUAAGCAGUCUUACACAAGUCUACAGUCGCUGUGGAUGGAGGAGAGCGCCUCAGUGGGCGGGCGACGGCCAUCAUGCCCGCUGUGCACUCCGGCCGGCGCCUGCCGCCGGCACAGCGCCCACGUCAUCAACCUUGCGGACCAAAGGAGACGCCGCAGUUCGUAUGCUCUACCGCUCGAGCGGCUGGAAGCUCGCAAGAAGUCGUCUGCUGCUGCCUUAGAUAUGCGCGAAGUUGAAUAUCUAGCAACAACUGCAGUCGGAUCGCAGGAUGAACUACGCAAGGGUCAUAAUGAUAUUCUAAAACGUAUCCCAGACGAUGCAGAAGCUACUACGGUACUCGUAGGUGCCGUUGGAUUUCUCGACCAACCGACGAUUGCCUUUGUGCGUCUAGCUCAAGGAAUUCUCAUGCCAUCCAUUACGGAGGUUCCAAUUCCUGUACGGUUCAUGUUCAUUCUUCUUGGGCCAACAACAGCCGAUCUCGACUACCAUGAAGUCGGUCGCUCUAUAUCAACUCUUAUGUCGAAUCCAUCAUUCCAUUCUAUCGCAUAUAAAGCGGAUGACCGUCGUGAACUUCUAUCAGCGAUAAACGAGUUCUUAGACGACUCUAUCGUACUUCCUCCUGGUGACUGGGAACGCCAGGCAUUAUUACCAUUCGAAGAGUUAAGGGCUAAAAGUGAAAUGAUAAGACGUAGAAAACGUGAUGCUAUUGAACGGAAACGUGCUGCUUCUACUGUUGCACCACUUUUAGACGAAAAGAAGGCUCUUUUAGCCGCAGAAACUGGAGGAAUGCCCGAGAAGGAACCUGACGAUCCUCUUUCAAAGAGUGGUCGUCUUUUUGGCGGUGUUAUUCGGGAUAUAAAACGACGCUAUCCAUAUUACCUAUCGGACUUCCGAGAUGCAUUAAACGGACAAUGUGCCGCAGCAACUAUAUUUAUGUACUUCGCAGCGCUUUCAUCAGCGAUUACGUUUGGUGGUUUGUUGGCAGAAAAAACUGAUCGACAAAUUGGAAUAUCUGAGACAUUGGUAUUUACAUGUGUUGGUGGACUAUUUUUUGCACUGGUUGCUGGCCAGCCCAUGAUGAUAACUGGUGCCACAGGGCCUCUGCUACUACUUGAUGACGCACUUUACGUCUUUUGUCGAUCGUAUGGGUUUAAUUUCUUAGCCGCGAGGAUGUACUGUGGACUGUGGAUGAUAAUCAUUGCACUUUGCGUUGCGUCCAUUGAAGGCAGUGUUGCCGUAAAAAAGAUUACAAGGUUCACUGAGGAUAUCUUCGCAUUUUUAAUUUCGUUAAUCUUCAUAUCGGAGCCGAUAACUAACAUCAUUAACGUCUACCGCUCACAUCCACUCGGAUACGAUUAUUGUCAAAAUGACACUGAAAUAACCAACAACGCCACCUUAACCCCGCCGACAUUAAACUCGACAGAUGCAGGAAAUAUUACAUCGACGCCUGCACCGCUAGUUCAUCAGGCAGUGAUUCCUCCCCAGCCAAACACUGCACUUUUCUGCACCAUGCUUACUUUGGCUACCUUCAUAAUCGCCUACUACUUGCGUAUCUUCCGUAAUGGAAAGUUCCUUGGACGCAGUGCUCGUCGCGCUCUCGGUGACUUUGGUGUACCCAUCGCUAUCGUCUUAAUGGUUGGAAUUUCCUGUCUUGUACCUGUUUGGACUGAGAAACUUCAAGUUCCGGAUGGUCUGAGCCCUACCUUGUCGCGAUCUUGGCUGGUUCCUUUAAAUCCAGGACUUGAAACGAUUCCCUUAUGGGCCACAUUCGCUAUGGUUCUACCGGCUCUUAUGGUGUAUAUUAUCGUAUUUAUGGAGACCCACAUCGCCGAGUUGAUUAUUGACAAGCCGGAGCGUCGCCUGAAGAAGGGCAGCGGCUUCCAUAUGGACAUCGUGAUCAUGUCACUGGUUAACUCGUUAUGCGGUAUGUUCGGUGCACCAUGGCAGUGUGUGGCCACCGUGCGCUCCGUCAGUCACGUGUCAGCACUCACGAUCAUGUCUACUACACAUGCUCCCGGUGACAAACCGCACAUUGUUGAAGUUAAAGAACAACGUCUAACCGGUCUUUUGGUGGCUUUCCUUGUUGGAAUAUCUGUUUUGGCUUCGAGUUGGCUAAGAUUGGUGCCAAUGGCAGUGUUAUUUGGUGUUUUCCUUUACAUGGGUAUUUCGGCUCUUGGUGGUAUCCAGUUCUGGGAUCGAUGCAUCUUACUUUUCAAGCCAGUUAAACAUCACCCACAAAUUCCGUAUGUCAGACGCGUUCCUACGAUGAAAAUGCAUCUUUUCACAAUUAUCCAACUGGCUGGUAUAUGCAUAUUGUAUGCAGUGAAGUCAUCUCGCUUCUCUCUAGCUCUGCCGUUCUUCUUAGUGCUGAUGGUUCCUCUGCGAAUGGCUUUGGUGUAUAUCUUCACUCCAUUGCAGCUGCGUGCGUUGGACGGUGCCCAAAAAGACAUUGAUCAAGACGAUGAGCCAGAUUUUUACGUAGAAGCGCCAUUGCCCGGAUAGGGAACACUUCCCCAAUGUCAACUUGCUUACGAGUUGAGAAUUCGCACAAUCUAGAUUUUGUAAUAAAAUUCAAGACAGUGAAUGAUCAACUUUAUUCAUAUAUGUGCGAGUAGACAAGUAUGUUAGAGACAUGUGUGCACGAGUAAAUGAAGGACAUAUCUAAUAAAUAACAAUUGGCAUAUCUUAAUAAUUUACCAGUUUAAGUCUUAAUUUAUCAUCAUACACUAUGCGAUUUAUAUGAAAUCUUUUGAAUACUAUAUUUAUACGAUUAUACUCGAGUGUAGAGAAAAUACUUAGAUUAAACUGAGUAUUGUACGCAUUGCCGUAUUAAAUGGAUACUAAAGGAACCACAUACACAGCACAUACAUUUUAGUAUGUAAAUAGAUUCUUGUCAAUUUGUUAUGACAUGUCGAAAAUAUUUUGGCAUGUUAUCGAGAUUGAUAUUGCUCAAAUAUAUUUUUGGCUGUACUUCAUUUUUCAAAACAAUAUAUUUUUAAAAACAAAUUAAUUAUACCUCUAUGUAAAAUUGUAGAUGCUCAAAUACUAAUUUGAAAUGAUAGAAUUUAAAUGAGCUUUGACAAUAUCGGAGUGUGAUUUGGUAUAUAAUAUGACGUGGUUUUGUUCCCAUGUUAGUUUUAAAAGUAUUGGACUAUUGUCAACUAUAAAAUAGGUUAUGAUAGUACUUACAUGCUGUUGUAUCUAGCUUUAAUGUGAUACGUCCUUUUAUUUAACGUCAAAAAAUACAUAUUUUAUUUAUUUAUUAAUAACUCUAACAUGUGAAAACUAUGAGUUUUUUACUGUAAGCUUCGUAAU